AUGGUGAGGAUAAUUCCUAUGGCUUCAUCGAUUAGGCCCUCGCUCUCGUCUUUGAGGUUUUCGGGGAGCUCUCGUUUGGGCCUCUCGCUGUAUUCUUCCAAUUCCAGUCGGAGACUCAGUUUAUUGCAUCUUGGCAGUUCGGUGUCACAGUUACAGUGCUUUGGCCUUAAGACUUCUAAGUUGUUUAGGGGAGAGGGCAGCAGCAUUUCAGUUUGUGCAGCAGGUAAAAUGGCACAAGCAAGUACUGCUAGUACCGAAGAAAAUUCCUUAGAAUGGGUUAAGAAAGAUAAGAGAAGAAUGCUACAUGUUGUUUACCGCGUGGGGGACUUAGACAAAACAAUAAAAUUUUACACCGAGUGUCUUGGGAUGAAACUGCUUAGGAAACGUGAUAUACCUGAGGAAAAAUAUACAAAUGCAUUUCUUGGAUAUGGGCCAGAAGAUUCUCACUUUGUUAUUGAACUCACAUACAAUUAUGGGAUUGAAAAAUAUGAUAUCGGGACCGGUUUUGGCCAUUUUGGCAUUGCAGUUGAGGAUGUAACAAAGACUGUGGAUCUCAUAAAAGCUAAAGGUGGUACAGUUACCCGAGAACCUGGUCCUGUCAAAGGCGGCAAAACGGUGAUUGCAUUUAUAGAAGAUCCUGAUGGUUAUAAGUUUGAACUUCUGGAGAGAGGUCCUACACCUGAACCACUGUGUCAAGUAAUGCUUCGAGUAGGAGAUCUUGAUCGUUCUAUUGAGUUCUAUGAGAAGGCCUUUGGCAUGGAGCUUCUUCGCAAACGAGAUAAUCCUGAAUAUAAGUAUACAAUAGCAAUGAUGGGCUAUGGUCCGGAAGAUACAAAUACUGUCUUGGAGUUGACCUACAAUUAUGGUAUUACUGAAUACGAGAAAGGAAAUGCGUACGCUCAGAUUGCAAUAGGCACAGACGAUGUUUAUAAAACUGCAGAAGUAAUUAAGCAAUGUGGAGGAGUAAUUACCCGAGAACCUGGACCUUUACCUGGCAUUAAUACCAAGAUUACUGCGUGUCUUGAUCCCGAUGGUUGGAAGUCGGUCUUUGUUGACAAUAUUGACUUUCUCAAGGAACUGGAAUAA